AUGAACCAAAAAUGUCUGUUGUUCUUUCUGCUUAUUCAUUUUCAUUACAGGUUGUUAUACAACCAGCCGAGUGUGCUGGUAGGUCGGACAGAUGUUGCUUCUGUGUCACCAUGGUCAGCUCCAAUCAUUUGGGAGGGAAACUUUGACUCUACACUGAUCGACUCUAUCUACAAACAACAAAAUCUCACCAUAGCAACUACUGUCUUCGCUUUGGGAAAAUACACACGUUUUGUCAAAGAUUUUCUGGAGUCAGCAGAGCAACAUUAUUUUGUUGGAUUUCGAGUGCAUUACUACUUGUUUACAGAUCAACCAGAAUCAGUUCCUGAAGUGAAGAUGGGUGAAAACCGUAGUUUGACAGUUCAAAAGGUUCCGAGUCUGAACCGAUGGCAGGACAUCAGUAUGAGCAGAAUGGAAAAACUGGAAAACCUAAUAGAGAAUGAACUAGUCAGUGAGGCAGACUAUAUUUUCUGCCUUGACAUAGAUACUAAGUUCUAUGGCCGGUGGGGUGCGGAGACUUUGGGUCGUCUGGUAGGUGUGAUACAUCCUUGGCUCUUUAAUGUUCCAAGGAAUCAAUUCACAUAUGAGCGCAGACCAGAAUCUAAAGCAUACAUUCCCGCGGAGGAAGGUGAUUAUUAUUAUGCUGGUGCUGCAUUUGGUGGCUCAUUGGAGGAUGUACAUCAUCUUACCAAAACCUGCAGGGAACAGCUGAAAAUUGAUGCUGCAAACUCCAUUGAGGCGGUAUGGCAAGAGGAGUCUCACUUGAACAAGUAUUUUCUUUUGAACAAACCUAGUAAACUGCUCUCUCCUGAAUAUAUGUGGCGGGACGUCAAUAAAAAAGCAGCCCAAAUAAAAAUAGUUCGCUUCACUAAUGUACCUAAAAACUAUGCUGAAGUUCGUCCAAACCCGUAGCAACUGUUGCCAGUAUUCAGCUACACUUACAUGGUGUGUUCUCACAGCCCUCCAGUAAGACAAUGUGAGUCUGUUAACAAGUAAUACUUGCAACAGGGAAGACGACAUCUGCCACCAAGAAAUGAAUAAUCACAGAAAUGUACAGAUGUUUAUGGCCACAAUGUGGCAUUAGAAACAAUAGCUGACAAAAUCUUUUUGAAUGAACACUCACAAUAUCUUAUACAAACAUAAUGCUAAAAAUCAGAAAAGAGCUUUUCCGGACAAAAGACAGAUAGAAGUAUUUUUUAGGGGUCAAUAUCUCCAAACAGUGCCUUUUAACCCUCACAAUACUCAAAAACUUUUGCUUUAAUUUCCCAUUCGCUUUAUGUCAUAUCAUAAACAGUAGACACUCAAGUACUAGAAGCAUAUUAGCUGAGCUCCCACACAUUUUCUCUUUCUUUCUUUUUUUUAGAUAAUUAUGGGCCAUUAUUAGAAGCGUCAACCAUAAGAUAUGUCCACCCUGUCAUGGACAUAUAAAUUACUGUUUAUAUGUUUUCAUUGCAAAAUUAAGAUACAAAUUAUAUUUUCUAAAAGGUACGUUGUCCCUUUCCUAAAUAGGGUUAUAAAAACUAAUAUAAUAAUAAAAAAUAAUAUAAUUGCAUCCUCAAUCACAUUGACAUGACCCCCCCCCCCCCCAAUCAUUUUAGUUUUUAGCAGUAUUAACUACAAAUGAAUUCUAUGUCCACUCUAUCGAGUCUAAGUGGCUGACAGCGUGGACAUUUUGAGCUACAGUUAGCAUAUUAGCUUACAACAAACUGUGACUAGCUAAAUAUUUAGUCUGGUUGUUGAAGAGAAUUUGGUAUAUUUAAACUAACAUAUUUUGAAAAUACUAUAUUCUAAUCACUUCUGACAUAUUUUAUACCGACAGGGUGGACAUGUUAAGCUUUGGCAAAGCAACUAAACUCAUACGAAGAAAAUUUGUCAAUUGAAAAGUCACCAACUUGCUCACCUCAGCCAUUGAAAUUCCCACCACUGAAGAGACAAAAAUAUGUUGUCCUGAUGUCACUAAAGGGGAUCGCCUUUUCUUAAAGGGGCGGAUUCCCUAAUACGACAGGGUGGACAACCAUUCAAGGGAUAUGGACAAACUCUUCAUUUUAUUUAAUACAAAAAAAAAAAAAGCUUUUAUUACCAAAUGAUCAAUACACUCAAACUGAGUAAUCUCUUAUUUACCAAAAUAUUAAUAGGAUGGGAAAUAGCAAAAUAACAUGCAUCCUCUCGCACAAAACUUAAAAAAAAAAAAAAAAAAUAUAGAAAAUGUAUCUAAAGUGGCAAGUUAUGGUGUUGUUAUGAAUAUAAAAAACUUAGCCUGAUAUAACACACCCUUUCAUAGUAAUUUUUAUGUUAUCAUGGCAAAUUAGUUAUUCAUGAACAGGAAACCAAAAAGGACCCUACAGUGAUAUUAACCCUUAGAAGUACUAUUUUGUAAAAUAAUUUUUUCAUACUUAAAAUCGUGAUUUUGCUAAAGUAGGUCAAGCUCUCGAAUUGUACAGCGAUGAUGUCACAAGCAGCACCCUCACUGAUACAAUAUAAUAAGAGGCUCACCCUUCUUGUCAUUCGUUUUGAAUCACUCGAUAGAGAAACAACUUAGCACUUGAUACUUCCUUCCUUAUAGAACAACGGUAUCUUACAUAACUUCUAUAAUAUAUACAAAUAGUUAUCAAACUUUUUUGCAAUAAUGUUAUGUAACUGAACGCAAUUUCCCUGUAUUGAAAACGCUGACAAUCCUUUGUUUUACCACUUUUAUGGAGAGAGCUGAGGGAGGACUUUUAGGGAGCUGCAAGGUCUGAAACUAAAAUGAUUUAAAUUAUAUUAUCUGGGUACUACUGCAAAAAUUUAACCUGCCUUUUUGUAUGUUUGGAUGAACACUGAAACAAUGUGUGACAUAAGA